AAUAACUUAACUUUUAAUUUAAUUAUUAGUAUAAUUUUUUUUUAAUAACUUAACUUUUAAAUUAUAUUUAAAUUUGCUUACACAACAAUAAACCGAAAAAAUAAAAAGUAAAUUUAUAAAACAACAAUUGCAACAAAAUAGUGCAAAAUGAAUUACAAACAAAAAAAUCGAAUCAACUAAUCGUCAAAAUAAACGCGAAAUAAAUAAAUCAAAAUCUCGAAAAAUUAAUCAGAAACCCGAAACUAAUGCAAAGAAAUGCAAAUAAAAUAAUAACAACAAUAAUUUAUGCACAAAACCGGAUGUGGUUUGUUUUUAAGCCAUUACACAUCGUAAAUUUAUUUUAAAUAUAUAAUACAAAUUUAUAUGUAUGUAAGUAGUAAAUAUAUAUAAGUAUUGUGCCAUUUCACUUUAUGCGGAAUUCAACGCCGCCAACACGAACAACAACAAAUGCAAAACAGCUGUUGAUACGAGUAUCCAACCAAAAUGUGUAUCAAAUUACUCAGCUCCUAUGCAAAUUGAGGCCAGCUGUCAAUUAGCGAUAAAAUAUAUUCACUUACGUAGUUAUCUACAUUUAUACAUAUGUACAUAUGUAUGUGAUUUUAUGUGUUUGCAUGCUAGCAUUUGAGACUGGAUUUUGCUGGGCAAAAGCAUAAUAAACGCCAUUGAUAAGCGAAGGUAAAUAACAACGGUACUUCUUAUGGCCUAAAUAAGCAAUUCUAAUGGGUGGAGGGAAACUAUUUUUCUACGCAUAAAAGCAAAGAAAUGUGCAGUAGGCUUCUACAGAAGUAAGUCACGAUUAGCAGGAUUUGAAGUUGUGGGAGAUAGUUAAUGCGAAUGACCUAGAAAUAUAACGGUGAAAAAAACUGUAUUUUUGGGAGUGGCUGGUGAGUAGUGAGGGAAGCCUAAAAUGUUAUUUGGAGUGAAAGAAAUGUUUGAAAUUAAACAAAAAAAAUAUUUUGAAUAUGACUUAUGGGAGAGUUUAUGCAAUACUGUGAUGAAUAGUGUUAUGGCAUGAAAUUCAAGCAGCAUACUCACGUGAUUUUCGUUUGCUUGCAAUUCUUAAGCGAUUUAUGCUAAUUUUUCUUUUGAUUAGAUGUUUUUUUGUUUUAAGUUAACUUCUUAUAAAAAAGGAUAUUGCAAUUAUAUAGGGUAAAAAUAGAGAAAUUUCGAUUACUAUAAUAUUAUUUUGGAACAUAUAAAAUAUAGGUAUAUAUAUAACCGUUAUCAAUCAAUAUCAAUAUAUAUACAUAUAUCAUAAAUAAUAAAUAGAAUAUGCGAGCCAUUUCAGAAAAAGCUCUACACUACUUACAUAUAUGUAUAUAAAUAAUAUUUAUUACUUUACAUACAUAUAUGUAUACAUAUAUACACCCAAACACACCCCUUCACUGUUACAAAUUUCAUAAAUUUUCCAACGUCAAACGCAAUCGAUAGCUAUUUGUACAAGUUUUAUCGCCUACGGCAUUUCUGUGCAUCAACCCAGAGUCAAUAAAGUUUAUGCAGUCAAAUGUAGAUAUAUACAUACAUAUGUGUUUUUUUAUACAUAUAUACAUUAAAAAGUCUUGUGUUUACAUUGUAUGGCUGUUAAUACCUUGCUACUGUGCACAUUCAAAGCCUUAAAAAUCAAUUCCAUAAAUACUAUAAAGCGUCAAGUAUUUAGUUGCACAUAAGUAAAUACCCACACAUAUAUGUACAUUCAAUCAUACAUAUUUACAGAUGAGUAAAAUAUAACAUGUGUGUCACAAACAAAUAGUUUAAAGCAAGAAAAACUAAGUUUUUAUUAUUAUUUUCACUUUAACGCUCAGCAGUUUGUGUUAGCGUUGUGUUAUAAAUGAAAUUGUUAGUGUAAAAGCAGCACCAACAACUAAACAAAUGCAUUUUAUUUAAACAAGCAACUGCAUUUCAGUCAAAGAUAUCGGUAAUUCCACAUUUAUUGCCUUCUUUAAUUUAAUGCCAAACAAACAAAACCAAAAAUUUGUUUAAACAAAGUGGCAACAUUUUUGUCUGCGCUCCAAUAUUAGUUACUAUGUGUGUGUUUUUGUGCAUUUUCAAUAUUUGUAUGUAAAUGUAAAGGAAUGUAUAUGAACUGCAAAGAAUGCGUUUAAUAUGAAGCACUGAAAUUUGUUUAAAUAUUUGAUUAGUUGGCGCUUUGAUGGCGGCGCGAUAAAGAAAUUUUAGGGAAAAUAAUUAAUUUCUUUUAAUAUUUAUUUUACUUGUAAUUAAUUAAAAAGUUAUAUAGAUAUAAUCUAAUUUGAAUUAAAAAAAUUAAUAUGAUUAAAAUUUGUUUCUUUUGAAUUUUUAAAAAUUAAAUAUGAUUUAAAUGUAUUUUUUUAAUAAUAAUAAAAUUUUAAAUUUUUCAAAUAAAAAGUUUAAUGUUAUUAAUAUAAUAAAAUUUAAAUAGUAAUUAAUAUAAUUGGAAUUUGUCUUUUUUUAAACUAUUUUUAAAUUUUAUUAAAUUUAAAUUUUUUCGUUCAAUUUUUAAAAAUUAGUUAAUACAGGUAGUCAUAAAAUAUUUUAACCUACAACUUAACAACAUUUUUUUAAGUAAAAAAAAUUAAGGGUAAUUAAAAAAAUUAAAUGUAAUAAAUAAUAUAUGUAACUUAAUUUUUUUAACUUAAUAUAUAAUUUUUUUUAUUAACAACCCUUAAUUUUUUUAAGUUUAAUUUUUGUAAUUUUAUAUUUUUUUAAGUCUAUAAUUUUUUUCAAUUGCAUUUACCUAAAUUCGAAUUUUUUUAUUUAUUUUUUAUGAGUUAGUAGGUUAGAGUUGGUGAUAAAAUAGAUUGACCGGCAAGUUAACUAAUUUUUUAUUUUUUAUUUUUUUUUUGAAAAUUUGAGAAUCAAACUUGAUUUACGUAAACCAUAUGAACAUAUAGUACACGUAUAUACUAUAUAUAUGUACAUAUCAUAUGUAUUUCGUAGCUCUUCUUUCUACAAAAAAUUUGUUAUGUGAUGCGUUUACCGUGGCCAUUAAAUAUAAAUAUAAAUUGCAUUUAGUUUUAUAUAUUUGUUUUUAAUUUUUUUCCCCUGAGCAACACUUCUCACACUUCGCUGACCUUUGCUUGCUUACAAAUUAAUAGCCGAAACAAUUUAAAUAAUGCACAAUAUUAUAUAAAAUUACACUUAAACGAUUUCGCCUUGAAGUAACUUCAUAAACAAGCAAAUUAAUAUACUUCGGAGGCAUAAAUACAUACAUAAAUAUCUUAUAUAAGACAUUAUACAGAUGAAUGUACUAAGCUUUUAUGCAAAAAAAUUUUAAGAUUGAAUGUGUGUAUAUGUUAAUUUUAAUAAUUCACUCGUGGUGACAAAUGGCAAAGUGUAAUGUGCAGGGAAAUGACAGGUGAUUAUGUACCAUUUGUACAUAGUAUGAUACAUAUACAUAUAUGAUACGCAAUGUCAAACGUUUGAUUUUAUUUGUUCUUUUUUCAAGUACAAAAAUUUGGCUAAAAUAGAAUAAUACAAAUUGAAGUGUUUUAAGAGGUGCAAUUAAAGGGCGCAUGCGUAUGGAAAUUUUUUUUUAAAUAAUUGAAACAAAAUUUUCUAUGAAUAAACAAAUGUACCCUAAAUUAGUAAGAAGAAACUAGUAAAAAAAAUAUACUUUAAAAAUAAAAAUAAAUGAAAUAUAUACAAAUUCAUUAAUUAAUUUAAAAAAAUUCUAAAAUUUAUAAAAAAAAUUGUAUUCUAAUUUCUUAUAAAAAUAAAAUGUAGUUUAUUACCUUGAUAAAAAAAUAUAAAAAAUAAAUAAAUUAGGAUUUAUAAAAUAUUUCAGGCCAAUUUUAUACAUAAUUAGGUAUGUUUUCUGUAUUUUUUUUUUUUUGUAGUUUUUCUUUUUUGUGAAUCCAAAUGCAUAGGUAAAAUUAAAUCUUCAUAGCUUCCAUAUACAGAAUUAAACAUUUUUUAUGAAAUUAAAAAUAAAUAUUAAAAUACAAAAAAAAAUUAUAUAAAAAAAUGUGUGUCAGCAAUUCACAAUUUUUACUUUUCUAAUGAAAUUAAAAAAAAAAUUGUUUGAUUAAAAUUAAAAAAAAAAAAUACAUUGUAGUUAAUGCACGCGCAGUAACCCUCUUCUUUUUUUAAACUGUCUGAAAAAGUUUUUAUUAGGACUACCCUCAAACUACAAUAAACCAACAUUAUUUUUGAAAUCUCACACACAUUUUCAUAUAAAAAAACAUUAAUACCGUUAACCUGCCACUAUUCACACACUUGUGCCACGUUUUUCACACCAUCUUGGCGACACAUGUUUCAAUCUUCAUACUACUGCCUGCUCAUAUCUCAUCUGCGAUGUGAAGAUCAUACUUAACAGACCCUUUUAUUGCGACUUUAGCGGCCUCUCGGUUGCUGUUGCUCAGCAUGACAAGCAUAUUGAACCGAUUUAUGAGAAGUGCAAUGGCAGUGCGGGAGCAGAAGCAUAUGCGGAGCACAUAUCAUACAUAUGUAUAAGAUAUUUAUGUAUGUAUGUAUGUACAUAUAUACUUAAAUAGGUAUCUGUUUGUCAACAGCGCGGAGGAGUAAACAAAAAUCUGGUGCUGCAGGAUGUCAUCGCUCGGCUGUUGCAGCAGACAAGUGCUGCGUGGUGUGAAUAACAUGUGCAUUUACACAAGCGGUAUUGUCAUUGAAUAUUUUUGGAUAUUUAUAAAUUUUGAAAAUUUUUUGUUGUGUCUGCAAAGAUUUGAUUGUACAUGUGUGCAGCUAUGCGUGUAAUCUUUCAAGUUUCCGGUGCAGAGCAGUGAGAAAAGAAUCAUUGACAUGUGUUGUUGCACACACACAGUCAUCUUCACACAACUUUCUUUGAAUUCUAUUGGUUUUUAAGAGCAUUGCUUUAUUACCCGCAACUCCUUUUUUCUUCCAACACUGCAAAGACACAACUCACAAGCCGAGGAAUGCAUAAAUCCAAGUAGUAUGUGUUUGUGCGUGUGUGUGAGCGGAAGUUAUGCUGUUUACAGUUAGUUGGCAUUUAUUUUCUUCAUUUAAUGACUCUGCGAGUUUACUUUACCGCUCGCUUGUUGUUAUUGUCAUCUUCAUUGGCGGCAGUACUUGAUUUGUACUUGACAUCAAUAAUAAUGAAUUGCUUGAAGUCAUUCGCAUAAAACUACUCAGUGUAGUGCAUAGACAACUCACCUUAGGUUUGCAAUCUUAAGGCAUCAAUUAAGCGCGAGAAUGCAUAUUUGGCUUACAGAAAAGUAUUAGCGCCCAAAAAAACUAGUGUCAAGUGCCCAACCCACGAGACAUUCUAAAAUACUUAAUCAAGGUGUCGAUUUCGCAAGAAUACAUAGCGAUGCUGUCGGCGUCACAUAAAUUAGCAUUCAAAUGCACAGACAAUGCAUGCGAGAAAUCGUGCAUUCUAGGAAAAAUUUGUGCAAGUGACAGAAAGGCUAUGCUUUGAGAUGACAGUUAUUGAAUUUUAAAGUUUAUUAGAACGGGGUUAUGAAUUUUAUAACUCAAAAAAUUUGAGCUAAAAAUUAGAUUUUCAAUUUUUAUUUCCGAUUUUGUGAAUUAAAUUUAAAAAUUAAUUUCUUAUUCUAAAUGUUUAAAAUUAGAAACUGGAAAUUUAAGUUUUAACUGCAAAAUUAUAAUAAAACAUUAAUAAAUGAUGAUGCGAACUCUAGUUAAAAAUGGUAGAACACGAAGUAUGCAAGCGCGAAUAAUGCAAAUUCAGCAAAUUCAUGAAAUUUUUGAGACAUCGAUCUAAAAUUUUGAGCACAACAAUUUCUUCCCAAGGUGCUGCUGAUAUCCUACCACUAUAGCGUAUAGCUGCCAUACAAACUGAACGAUCAAAAUCAAGUGCUUGUGAGGAAAACUUUUAUUUGACAAAAUAUUUUUACGAAAUUUAGCAUAGAAUAUUUUCCAAGUUUUUGUAUGGCAUUUUUUUUUUGUAAAGUCUCGUACGUAAAUCUUUUAUAACUCUCUCUUGCUCUUUACUCUAAUUUCCACUAAUCUCCAACACAAAAUAUUACUACAAUUAAACUUCAUUUUGUCUCUGGUAAAAAUUUCCUACAGACCCUCUAUGCGCAGAUUAGUGUAGGUCGUUCGCACACACGAUGCACCGCAAAUGCCAAAGUUUAUAGACACUCUGGAAUGUUAGCAUACUGGCCUGCAGCCAGCAGCCACAAACCAUCAGGCACCAGCAACAGCAACAGCAACAACAACAACACUACCAAAAGCACUAACAACACCAGCACAACGAAUGGUUGAACGCCAAACGCUAAAAUGCUAAACUACAAACGUCAGUUAGCAGCCACAGUUAUAUGCGGCAACAUGCGGCUCCAACUAUGAAUAUACUGCUUGUGGCGUCAGUUAGUUAGUGGCGACUCACUAGUGCAUACAUACAUACAUAUAUAAUAUAUACUAACAUAAAUGCAUAUAUGCAAGCACAUGAAUUAUGUAAUGUUGCACGUUGCACUACGCCAACCUGCUGACUACCAAUUGAUAUUGUUGUUAUUGUUGAUGUUUUAUCGUUUCAAGUCAGCGCGCUUGGGAAACAAGUUUGCCCCGCAUGGCAAAUUCUUAAGCGGCGGCCAACAAAAGUCAAACAACAUUCAAAUGCCGAAUGCCGACAAUAGGUGCGAGUAACACAAUAACAAGAGCAACAACAACAAUGCGUUUACAAAGAGAAAAGCUGUUCAACAGCAAUAUACCAUGAACAGCUGUAGGCAACAAAAACAAAAAUAAAUAAAUAAAUAAAAUGGAAAACUGUGCGAAAAACUACAACACACAGAGAUUCUUUUGUGCAUUACAAAUGGCUGUUUGUUGUUGGUAGUCGUACAUCCUUGCAAAGGCAAACAAGUUCCACUUUUUCUUUUGCCUCCGCUGCUUGUGUGCAACUUUGAUUUGCGCAUUCCAAUGUGCGUUUUCUUUUCAAUUAUUUACAAACUGGAAGUUGGUAUUGAAAACUAAAAUUUUAAUGAAAAUAUAAUUCUCAAGAGAUUUAUGAAUAUCUGCUUGACAAUUACUAUUUAGAUAUACCUAUAGGGAAUUUUAUUUUUAAGUGUCUAAAAGUAGUGAAUAUUCACAUUUUUCCUAUAGAAAUCUUAUAAUCAUAAUCCUAUAGACUGGUCCGAUCUUUGCUCAGAUCCUUCUAAGAGGCCCUUAAAAUUCUGAUUUUUACAGUUUAAGCCUUGCUAUGCUUUAAAAUGUAAUCUCAUCUGUGAUAUACCUGAUGAACAUCUUUUCCUAAACCGAUUAUUAUUAAGUUUUAGAAACAUCUAAUGUGCAAGAAAAUCUUAAGAGGCGGGUUUUGAGGUUAUGAUAUGAAAAUUAGAUAUUGUCAAGCAUUAUGGUCUCUAUUGAACUAUAACAUAUCAGUAACAAAUGCAACAAUCAAACAUCAAAUUUCUGUGUCCACAAUUUUCCUCUAUCAUGCCUGUUUCGCGCACAUAUAACGGUUCUUAUUGAGAAAAAUCUUUAAUAUCUCAUCAUCUUACAGAUUAAAAGCAGUAAUUAUGACAUAAAAACAAUACAAUUUUCAAAAAAUCGUAAUAUUAAUAUUACGGUUAUUCAGAUUAAAUAACGGCUUUUUAUUGGGUAAAAUCUUCUUAUGUCUCAAAAAGCGCUAACCAAUCAAAACCAUUGAUAUUUGAAAUAAAAUUAGUUAAACCCCUACUUUUCAAAGCUUUAUAAGCUUCUUUUCACCAAAAGCAUAGUUAUAAAUUUCGAAAAAUAUGCAAAAAAUAAUUUUUGAAAACAUUUUUCAAUCAAAAAAAAACAAAAGAAUAAAAUACAAUUAUUCAGAGCAGAAAAAAUGCUUAUCUUUUCAUUAUAUGGAAAAUAACGAAACAUUUUUGGAAAACAUUUGUAUUAUCUGUAACCAAAAUUUCUUCAACCAAUUUUCUUCCUAACAAUUUUGAAUAUUAUUAAAUUGUUAAUUUUAAAGAAAAAUAGAAAUAAAUAAUUUAAAAAAAUGGUUUAAGCAAAAUUAUAAAAACGUGGAGCUUUAAAUAAUCGUAAUAAAAAGGAUUGUGUUAUUUUCAAAAUUUAAAAACAGCUUUUUUUAAAACAGUUUAAAAUAAGAAUAUAGAAAAUAAUCAAAAGGUCAACUAUUAUCCAUCAAACAAACACAAUAAAAAUAAAUAAAUUAAUAAAACAUAAUGAAAGAAGUAAAAUAAAAGAUUUGCAUAUGUACAUACCAGAUAUACAUACAUACAUUGUAUAGUUUAGAAUCUAAACGGUAAACGGUAUGUGUAAACCCAACCAAAAUGCUAAUAUCACAGACAUCAUAUUUACAAUACAGCACCGCAUAGCACGCUGCAGACUGACAGGCCAACAGUCAAUUCAAAAAGAAAAGCAAAAAACUGCAGAUGCCUAGUAAAUAGAUUUACCAUUACUGGGAAAAAAACAAAAACUGAUGUUUGGAGAAAAAUGCAGACUUGGAAGCUACCCUAGCAAACCAAUCAACCAAAACCUACAAAAAAAAAGGUAAAAAUAUUUAUAAAAGAGUAGCUGCGGUGUCCACGCACGAGGCACUAGGCCAUUAACUUCAGCUGAUUAUAUGCUGCUGCCAACGCUGCUGCUGCUACUGCAGUGAAUGAACUGUAAAAGAAUGCAUUUUGUAUGCAUAGCUUGUAUGCGUAUUGUUGUUGUUAUAACAACAAAGUAUGAGGGAAAAAGCAAAAGAAAACCAGCAACUAUGUGUACUUAUAUAUUUAAGUAUACACAGUUACAUAUGUGUGUGUGUGUAUUUGGAAAAUAACUGCAAAAGGGCAGCUGCAACCAACGCACCUUCGAAGAAUUUUCAAUUACAUUGUUUGCAGCUUGCUAUGUUACAUGCUUUAUUUCCUAUACAUGGAUUUUGUAGUCAUCAUUUUUUUUUCUUUAUUCAUUUUUUGUAUCUAUAUACAUAUAUACAUAUGUAUAUACUGUAUCUGUAGUUACAUGUGCGUUGCAUUGCCUGUCGAUCGCCUCGUACUUAGUAGACGAAAGUGUUGUUGGCGAAACGCAUCAAACAAUGUUUUAGAACACGCACUCUUGUCAUUUCCGUUUCACAAUUACAUAAGUAUGUGCAAAUACAACAAACCAACCGUUGCACUUCCUCGAUUCAACUGUCUAACCUGCAUUAAUUAUAUUUUAUUAUUUUCGUUGCCACAUGCACCCGGUUACCUGACGUUAAGGCAUUCCGAGCGCCCACUCGUCAUGUUACUCGUGUCAUUUGCCUUUUUCUUUUCUCUCAAAGCCACUAAUUUAUUAACUUUUGUCUAGGUGCCUUUAUGUGGUAGUUAGUCGUGUCUACUUUGCUAAGUAUUAUUGGUCAAUUUGUCUGCCUACUUUGGUGUGUAAUAUCUGAGACAAGUUCUAAUACAUCAACGUACAUAUACUGGGGUCGCUGCAAUGAGUUGAAAACUAAUGCUGGCGCCACUAAUGGCCUGCUCGUAUAUAAAAAUUAUUUUUUAGUAUACAGAAAAUUAAGAAAUUACUUUAUGCAUAAAUGUCAUCGGUUUCCUCAAAAUAAAUUAGAAAAAUUUGAGGUAGGCAAUCCCUUAUCCACCUAGUAUAAACAAAUACUAGGCGUCUUCGAUUCGCCACUCUGCUCUCUGCUCGCUGUUCUCUUGUCAAAAAUUAACAUGUGAAAGCAAACAAAGCAGUUAACCAAUAAAAUUAUACAUAAGCGUAAACGUUAUAACGUAACAUAAUCUUUAUUUUCCUGAUCUGUAUCUUUAUAACUGAAAAAUUAUACAACAAAUUUACGCCUCAAAAUUAAUAAAAAAUUUAUUCUGACUAUUAAACACCUGACCCAGUAAAUUUAUUAGUACUAGUAUUAGUAAAUCAAACCCAAAAACCCACCCAAAACGAACAGCUGAUCGCCAAGAAAAAAAAAUAGUAUGAAUGCAACAAAUAUACUUGUAUUAUACAUACCAUAUGUACAAAAGCUGAUGAAGCAGAAAAAUAUUCACACAAGCAAAAACGAAAUCAGAGAUAUACAACAAAAUCCCUUAAAGACAACAUAUCAAAAAUUAAAAAUAAAAAAAUAUGAUUUAAGCAAUAAAAUGAGAAGAGCAGUAAAACAAAAAUACACAGAAGUGAAUUAAAAUUUAGCAGAAGUAUCAUGUAAAGCAAAAUAUAAAUAGCGGCAUAAACAAGUUUCGAGCAAAUGCAGAGCAAACAAAAAAAUACGGAAAACAGCCAAAAACCAAAAUUCAUCAAUGCAGUUGUGGGCAGUAAAGUAAAGCAAAAGCAGAAACUGGUACAAACGAUGCAAAGGCAACGCAAAGCAGCAACAAAAUUGUAGCAGUUGAGACAUUCAACCACUAGUUGGUAGCAGAAGCAGCUGAUUCGCAACUGCACAAUGUGCAGCGCCAAAGAGCAGGUAACCAGCAACCAGCUGAAAUAAGCAGGAGAAUAUGCGCGAUUGCGAUUUGUUGAAGUCGAAAUUAAAUUGAAGCAAGCGCCAGCUAUAGCUGCUUGUGUGUACUUCAAUAAAAAGAAAAUAACAUUAAAUGAAGCUAAAAUCCGAAAACAAAUGAGCAUACACAUAUACAUAUGCAAUCAAAAAGCGCUGAGUGAGCCAGCAGUUUAUUGUGCUCAGUAGCAGUGGCAGAGUUCGCCGACAGCGAAAAAGCUGUAAUGGCAAGUGCGCCACUGUUUACAAAGUUUUUAUUACUAUGUUUUUUCUAUUUUUAUUAUUAUUGCAAAAUCCGUGUGCUAGUAAAUACCUUUUUCGAUUGAUAUCGAUUGCGAAUAGCAGCAUUUGCACAUUUUAUACUACGAUAGAUUUUUUAUUUAUUUUAAAACUAGCCAAUCUACCACUGCACACAUUUUUCUCACACCCCAGCUGCUACAACAACAUGCAUUUACGCCAGUGCCUCACCUUUGUUACAAUCUUACAAUGUAGAUUUAUUUUUUUUCAAUUUCGACUUUUCAUUUUCAUAGUUAAAUGCAGUGCUGUAGCACGUCGAAACAUGUUUACUGCAUGCUGUGAGAGCAUUGAGCGAAUAAUAAACAGCAAUGUGUUGUUGCGAAAAACUACUUCUCAGUUAUACAGACAGUGAAUACAGCAGCUGCUGCUGUGACUGUGCUCACCUGCUUAUUAACAAUAACAACAGCAAAAGUAUGGAAGUGUAAUGCAAGUAAAUGAAAUUGUCAAACAGGUUAAAUGUAAACUGCCGACUGCACAAUAACAGAACAGUGGCAGAAUUCAUAAUAACAGUAUCAGAAAAUGUUAAUGGGAACAUUUAACUUGUAAUGGACAGCUGCAUGUCGUCGUCGUACUUCCUUUUUCUUGUCGUUUGUGGUGCUCAAUCGCAAUUAUGCUGACGGUGCAGAAUUGAACGUAUGAGAAAAAUCUAAAAACAGGUAGUGCGCUGUAGUGAUCUGGUGUUUUUUCUUCUUUAAUGUAGCGGUAAAAUAUUGUGUACUGAUUGGAAGCAAAAAAGUUUUGCUAAAUGAGAGUUUCACCAUCUAUUGAAAUAUGCGAAUUUGUAGUAUUGGGUUAGAAUUGUUUUUAGCAUUAUGUAAAAUAUUAUCUAUAUAAUCGCAAAAAAUAAAUAAUUAUGUAUAUAAAUUAAUAAAAAAUAUUUUAAAAAGGUUAAAGUAUAGUUAUACUAAAUAGACAUUUAUUAUUAAAUAUUUGGAAUUUUUCAUGUACAAAUAUUGUGUAAACAUUAUUUUUGCUGUUUUUUUAUUUUUCUUGUUAUAUGCAAUUCUGCAGUUUUUUUCUGGCGCCUCGUCUUAACCGCAUAUAAAAUUUUUAGCUUUUGGUCUCCCAAGGCUAACUACCAGCUACGCAAAAACAAUUGCUUACUGACAUACUUUCAGCUUGUAAAGCAUAAUUGCACUGGUAGAAAAAGCGUUAAAAAUACAUGCCACAAUGUGGCAGGUUAGUGUUGGCAAUAAGCACUAAAAAACACAAAAUGUGCAAACAAAGUUAUGAAAAACUUAACAAAAACUAACGAUUUCAAUGACGUGUUGUUUUGUUUUUUUAAUAAAAAAUUGCAUAUAUCCAAAAUGAAAAAUAAAAUCAUAAAGGCCAACAAUUAGCUUAAAGUGCGAAUUUGUUUAAAGUCCGUGAAGCUUUCAAGUCAUAUGUUCAAAGUAACAUUUUUUUAUAUAAAAAAAUGCGUAAACAUUAAAAUAAUUUUCUUUAUGCAUAAGGUUUGACUGAGCAAGGUGCACGUAUAAUAUAUAAUAUAUAUAUUAUCGAUUUUUCAAACAUAAAGAGUAACCAAUCGAACAAACAACUGGCAUAAAUCAAAUAUACCGUUUAAAUGAGAUAUCGACAGGCUCUCUUAUACUCAAUUAAACUGAACAAAUUGUUGUUGCUUUCACGUGCAAAUUAUUUGACAACAGAAAGAGAAGUAAUGAAUCGAAAACGGUUAAUUUUUAAAUGUAUAAAAGUUAUCACAGAAGUAAAUGUCUGAAAACUAACAAACAAAUUUAACAGGCUUAAUAAAUAUUGGCGUUGUCUAUCAUAAAUGAAUAUAAUUUUGGGUUAGAAAGCGCAUAACUCGGUUUAAAGUCGUAAACUAAACAGUUCUGAAUUUCUAUUCGCCAGCUAAUCUUUUUUAAAACCAUUACUAACUAGUUGGCAUCUGUCACUUCCGCCGGAAACCGUAAUCUACUAAAUUAGCACAAUUUAAAGUUAUUAGAAUUUCAAUACCAAAUCAAAAUACAUACAUACAUAUGAAUAUUAGUAUGAAGCUGCAAGGCAUUUGCCACAACAAUUUACCUGUUUAUUUGUCUAACGCCCGCUUAACUUAAACAACGCCACACUGGCGAUACGAAUAGUUGAAGCAAAACAUUUUAACGAGAUUUCAUGGAAAUUCGAGUGUGGGAAGCUUUUCGACAAAGCAAACAAAAUAAGUUACAAUUCAGCAACAACAACAGCGAAACAUUUUUUUUAAAGCUUAGUUAAAUUAAAUUACCACUAAGCGAUCAACGCUGUGCGCCAAGUUAGAACGCCUGCGGUGGCAAUUAACAUGGCUUUAACAAAAAAAAACUUAAGAAAUUGUGAAACAAAACAAAAACAGCGAUAAGUGAAAAAUGGGAAUUAUACUAAAAGGAAAUGUAUACACGUAUGCAUGUAAGUUUUUUUUAUACUAAAAAUGAAAGCUACCCAAAGAUUAGCUCGCUUCAUAGCUCAUGCCAGCACUAGCUGUAAACUAGUACAUAGAAAUCAACUUGUUAACUAGCGAACAAAUUUGAGCAAAGAAAUAUGCGCCAAUGCCUGAAUAAGUGUGCUCAAUAAUUAUCUUUCAUGGUUUGAAUUUGUUAAAUCAACAAUACCGCCCAGCCAAAAGAGCGCAGCAGUGUUGAAAUGACACAUAACGCACGCGCUAUUAACCACACCGGUGGCUGUGUAUAAUAUUAGUGGUGUUUCUGCUCGUUGUGCUGCCACACGAACAGAAACCCGCCUUAUAUACGCCCCUCGAGUGAAAAAAAGUUUAAUAUAUUAUUUUUGGUGUAUUUUUCUAGUAAAUAACAGAAGAGGAGCUUGAAGUAGAUAGCAAAAAGAAAUGCGAAUGAUUAUAGAGAGGAUGCAAGUAUGAUUAGGCAAAAAAAAUUUAGAAACUUAAAUUUUGUGUGAAAAAUGCGUGAUAUUUGAGUGUGUUGAACCAAAAUUAGCUCAAUUCAUACAUCUUAUCAUUAGCAAGGCUAAAUGUAUUGAAGGAAGGAAUCUUUUCAAUAUCAACAAAAAGCUAGCUUAUAUGGACCCAGAAAGACAAGGAUGCACUUAAUUUUCAAUAUGGCUUUUAAACUCAAGGAAUAUGUGUGUUUACAUUUAAUUAGGGUAUAUUUGAAUUUUUUAUAUAUUUUUGUUUGCAUCAGUUGAUCAAACUAUGAUUUGUAAGACUUUCACAGCUUCGGCUUCCGAAAUUUUCCAACGAAUAUUCCUACAAUAAGUAUUCUUAAUAAUAUUACUAAUUCCAAGUGGCUCAUAAAAUUGAAAAAUUAAUUAUAUAAUCAAUCCCCAUAAAAAUACUUGACCCAAUUUGACAAACUAUAACGCAUAUGGUUCACCACCAAUCUACUAUCAAGAUCACAAAAAUCUUUAAUUAUUAAUAACAAGCUGGUACUUAAAUAAUCUAAUACAAUAAUAUAUAGAAACGGGUUAGGAAAAUAAACAAAUAAAAUUAUCAAAAAAAAAAACAAAAAAAAACGUUAACUUCGGUUGCACGGCAGCUAUAAUACCCUUCACAAAUACAAAAGAUUUCUUACAAUAACUUUGAUCGUUCAAUUUGUAUGGCAGCUAUAUGCUACAGUGGUCCGAUAUCGGCGAUUUUGAUAAGCCACCAGUUUUUCGAGAAAAAAAAGACGUGUACAAAGUUUCAGAUAAAUAUCUCUAAAACUGAGGGACACUAUUUAGACAGACAGACAGACAGACGAACAUGGCUAAAUGAACUAAUGAACUCAGCUCGUCACGUUGAUCAUUUAUACAAUACAUAUACUGGGGUCUCUGGCGUUUCUUUUUGUGUGUUACAAACAUCGCGGUAAACCUAAUAUACCCUCUAUUCAGGGUAUAAAUAUCAAAUAUAAUAGUGAAGUUUCUAAAUUAGUUUCAAAAAUAAUAUUUAUGAAAUUUUAUGUAAUCUCAAGCGAAAAUAACAGCAUGUCACCCUAAAAAAUACCUCAUAAAAUUUCACUACUAACUUCCAAUUAAGCCCUUUUCUAUUUAAAAUUACUCCUGUUGGCUUGCCUCCUACCUUGUUUUUGGUUUUAUUAAGCAUUUUAUUGCCACUCCGGACUCAAGUGCACAUUUUUCACAUUAAUUGAUGGCAAGCGCAUUUAUGGCUUCAAAUGACAACAACGAAUAUGAUUACAUACUCACAUAUGCUUCUAAAAACAAGAAAGCGCUUAACCCAUUAAAGUUGAAAAAAGUAUAAAAAAAAAAUAAUUUCAUUGGAAAUUUUAAGUUUCCAGCACACAAAGCUAGCGCUUGAAACAUAUUUAGCUAAGAAUGCUAAAAAUUACCCACUCAAAGAAUUGAGACAAUAACUGAAGAGGCAGCGCGUCAAGUCAAUCAGCUUUGCAUGGGUCUCCGGGGCAUAAUUUGAGACGCUGCUGAUAUAUGCGACUAAUCAAACGCGACCACAAAAACGCAUUCUCAAGAGCAUAAAAGGCAUUGAUCUUGUAAUCGUUGUUGUUGUUGUUGCUUUUGUAGCUGAAAGCAAUAAAAUCGAGUGGCUGUCAUGCUAUUAAAAGGGUGCAACAUUUUAAGUGCCACUUCGUGAAGCGAUCGAGAGCAAAUUUAGUAGGUGAAGCCGUAGGAGAUAUGAUAUGUAAGAAAUAUACUUUUGAUACACUUAUAAGCGAAUUAUGUGGUUGUUGCAACACAAGAGCACAUUUCAACUAAAUUUAGGCGCAUAUGCCUAUAACACAUGUUUGUUGUUGUAUGGCAACCUCUGGCAUUUGUGCUUUGAUUUCAAAUAUAUUUGCUUAUUUAUUCUGACAUUCUGAAUUUAUUUCUUGUUUUUGUUUUUUUAAAUCUAAAGUCAAUGGAGCUUCAUUGUUUCGAUUUCCGCUGUGAGUUAUGUACCCCCCUCAAAAAAGUACAAUAUAAUAAACUUUGAUCAAACAAAUUAACAUAAAUUGAAAUUCCUGCAAGCGCACUAUUUAUGUAUGUGUGUAUUUAUUUGUCUGAUCGUGUGCUUUUGAAGAUAACACUAAUAAAGUAUGCAAACAAAUUUGUCGCUUGUAUAAAUAAUUGAUGGGCUUUUUGUUAGCUUGACAUGUGGUUGCUUUCCCCUCGAUUUAUUUUUUCGUCUAAAAAUGUUUUUUCUAAAAUUUUCAACGGAAGUGCAGAAAAAGAGUACAACAAAGACAAGCACACGUGUUCAAGAUACAUUAUCCGGUGGCUUUGAUUUAUGUUUUUGUAAAUUAAAAGUCAAAUAAAAUAUUUGUUUGGUUAGAAAUGUCAAUAUGUGGAAAAUGCAGCUGCCCUGCGUCAAGCAAUAUGAGUUGAAAGUAUUAUUAGGAUAUUAUGAAAUGCCACAGCAACCUUAUUUGUUGCUAGAAUAAGUAUUUUAGGUAUAUUACAAAAAUAACAUAGGCAUCGAAAAAUACAUUUUUUUACGAAAAUCUCGAAAAAUCUGAGAGUCAUACUAUUCAAAACAAUGAUACGCCAUAUUCCAUUAUGGUGUGAAACUUGGCUAAAUGUGUCAAGGCUGCAAGUGAGAAACUGUAAAGAUUAUUAUAUUUCCCCACCUCUCCUGCCUUCCUUGGCGACAGGAAGUGCAUAUCUCUACCAAGUGAAAAUAUAAAACAACCAUUGACAUUAAUCCCGCCAAUGCAACAAGUUUGCAACAACAAUAAAAAUGUUGCAGCGUUGCAAAUGGGUGCUAUUACAAAAAAAAAAAACAAUUACUUAUACAACUUCUUACUUUAUUUGCGCGCUUCUCAUCAUUAAUUUCACUUAUACUCUCUUUCCUGGCAAAUGUGUUAAUUAAAGACGCAAUACAAGAUUUUAGAGCAAGCCAGAAUACUUCGAGGAAAUAAGUUUGUUUGAAUUAUUUUUUUAUAAGCAUAUGAAUAUUUGUUUCUACGUUUGUCAUGUGGCGGCACAAUUUAUCAAAACACUGCUUUGUGUCCGCCUGCUUGCCAAUGCCACUACUAGCUUUAGCUACUGUUUUUUGUCAGCAGUAACUACUUUGAGCUCCUCCUCUAAGCUUAAGCUGAGCGGCGACCAAAGAUAAGGUCAAUUAAAAAAGGCAACCGGAAAUGUUUGUCACUCGCUGGCGACAAAGACGACAAGCGCUCACGACAAAUGCGUGUGACAACAAAAGCAACAACAAUCAUUGCAGAUGUGCUGUGAAAGGGCAAAUUAAUUAUUGCUGCUAGUUGACCCUUUUAACAUGUAAGAGUUAAGAUUUCGUUUUCUUAGUAUUUGUUGUUAUAGUUGUAGGGAUUUAAGAAUAUUACAUUAAAUUUUGCAAUUAUUGGUCGAGAAAAUAUAUAACUAACACUUAGAAACUUCAAAAAGAUUUUAAUCACUUUAAUUUAAAGCAGAAAUAUCAUAUCUUCACUUAUGCACUUAUGUUGAAUAUUAACGAUUUCGUCCUACCCCACAAUUUUUUUAUCAUAUUUACAUAUGUAUGUAUAUGUUUCUAUUCUCUCUCCUAUCAAUUCAUGCCGACAGCAUAAAAAUUGCAACGCAUUUCUUAUUAUCAGCGAAAAAAAGUCACAAAUGCAUCGCAUUCAGCGAACACCCGCAUUUUUUGCGCAUUUACUCCUUUAACAGCUGGCCGACCAACCGGACCGGCUGCCCGACCAUGCUUUAUGAUAGCGAAUUCUCUUGAUUCGCGUGCUCAUUACGGCCCUUUUGUAGUUUUUGCGCAUUUAUUUGAGUUUUUUUCUCUUAGUUUUUGCUUUGUUUCCAAUUUAAACUUCAUAUCUUUCAUUUCAUAUAAUCAACCGGAUGUGGUGGUUGCACUGACUUACAUUGUGCACCACAACUCCCCAUUUGCAUUGCCCUGCAGCAUACAACAAUAUUACAUAGUGCUGUAUGAGCACCAACCGGUAUCUCAUAUACAUAUGUACGAGUAUAUAUGUAAGUGUACAGUGCACUCUUCCCCUUGCGAAAUGGCACUUACACAAAAGCAUGAGCUUGCAAUUUACUUUGAUUAUAUUUCAUUUGUUAUUUUUGUAUGUUUUCUUUUUUUUACUUUUUGUUGUUGCAUUAUGCAUAUUACUCAUUGUGGCUAGCUGCUUGCAUAUUCAUUAAUAAAUUUAACUGAAAUGUUACAGCAACUUACAAUUAUGUUGACCAUCUCUGUUAUUAUACAACAGCGGCCCUCUCUGUAGCUGAUUAGUGGCUGUUGUUGUGAGUGGCUUGUUUACCAAUUGCCGGCAUUUCAUUUACAACGGCAAGUAUGCAAUUUACAUACAGGAAUAUGUAAUGAAUUAUACAGAAAUGUAAAGACAUAAGGAGAGUCCUAUACAGGUCGAAAGGUUAAAGAAAAUGGAAAUAAAAUUUGAAAUAAUUAAGUAUAAAUGAAUGGUAGUAAAAUAAAAUAAACAAAGAAAGAAAUUAAAAUAAAUUAAAAUAGGAAAAAAGUUACAAAAAAAAUUAAAUCAAAAUAAACAAUAAAAUAAAGAAAAAUAUAACAAACUUUUAUGAAAUAAAUGAUAUACAAAAAUAGUUUUUAAAAUAUACUAUCAACUUUUAUUUUAAAUAAAAUAAAAUGCAACAGAUGGGAAUUUAAAAAGAUUAAAUACAAACAACAUUCUAUGUUAGAGUUAGCGAAAAUAUCCCGUCAAAUAAAAAAGUUUUCCAUACAAAAGCUUGGCUGUGAUCGUUCUGUUUGUAUGGCAGCUAUAUGCUCGUCACGCUGAUCAUUUAUAUACAAAAAUAUUCUAUCUUCAGACGUUUUCUUUUGGAUGUUGGAAAAACUUCGUGGCAAACUAAAAAAAUCUUGCUGAAGGUAUACCAUAAAUGUAUAUAUACAUACAUACAUAUAUAUCAACGACUUCAUUUUUAGUACUGUUUUCACACAUUUGAACAAUGUUUUGAUAAAAAAUUAAAGAAGUAAUCCUAAGUCAAAGUAUAUUUAGGAAACAUGCUGAGAAAAUCAACAAAAAAUUUCAAAUCUCAAAACAAAUUUCAGAAAAUCCUUGAAAAUAAUUUUCACACCAAAUCAACUAUUAAGAAAACAUAUUUGAAUAGAUUUCCAACAUAACGAAAAGUAGCAAUUUGGCAGCGCCUUAAAACUGUGUGAAGAAGACAAACAAAAAAUAUGAUUUCAACGCCUAUUUAAAAAGAUAGGAGGAGUUUAUCAAACGUUUAUUUAUUUUUACUUUUUCUUAAAUAGCUAUCUUUUUCCAUCAAUUUAGAUAUUAGAACGAAUAGAAUUGUUGUUGUGUGUAUUGAAAAGUGAAUUUUCCAAUAUUCAUUUGAACAGCCAAGCCGAUAAGAAGGUUCGGUGCCUGCCUGCUGCGGACAGUCAGACCUUUCCGAAAUUAUCAGCAUUUGUCAUCAAUAGAACAAACAAAUAUGUGUGUUUGACUGUCCAACAGGUCGCCAGCCUAACUACAUAUGUAGAACGAAUGUCAGUUAGUGACGCGCCUAAAUCAACAGCGCCGAGUAUAAAUGUCAAAGCAUAAAGUAAAUUUAUGACAGUCUUUAAACGCAACUGCAAAGUGUAGUAAUAAAGCAUACUAUAAAUAAUACUCAAAAUAAUAUAUAGAUGAAGUGUUUUAGAAAUAUUUUCGGCAAAAAAGGCGAAUACCAGAUUUACCCCGGACCCGACCCCAAACAAGCCAUCAUGGGCUCACUCGUCUUCUGUAUACAUCACAAGCAGGGCUGUAAAUGGUCGGAUGAGCUUAGAAAACUAAAGGGUCACCUGAACGUCUGCAAACACGAUGCCACACAGUGUCCAAACAAGUGCGGCGCACAAAUACCGCGCAUCAUGAUGACCGAUCAUCUACAGUUCACCUGCAACAUGCGACGCACCAAAUGUGAAUUCUGUCAGAGCGAAUUUUCUGGCGCCGGGCUUGAGGAACACGCGGGCACCUGCGGCCAGGAGCCCAUCUACUGCGAGGCCAAGUGCGGACAGCGUGUACUACGCGGACGCAUGACACUGCACAAGUCCAAGGAUUGUACCAAACGUUUGCGUCGCUGUGUACAUUGUACGCGUGAAUUCUCAUGCGACACACUGCCGCUGCAUGCGGCACAAUGCCCACGCGCCCCAAUGACCUGUCCGCAACGCUGCGACACCGGUGCUAUUGCACGCGGUGACAUGGAGGCGCACCUGCGCGAUGAAUGUAAAGCACUAGCGAUCGCUUGCAGUUUCAAGGAGGCCGGUUGUCGUUUCAAGGGACCACGGCAUAUGCUCGAAGCGCAUUUGGAAGCAAAUGCCGCGGCACAUUUGUCAUUAAUGGUGGCGCUAUCAUCGCGUCAAGGCCAGCAAAUACAAUUGCUGAAAACUGCCGUCUCGAAGUUGUCCAUUAAUUAUACCGGCACUUUAUUGUGGAAGAUCACCGAUUGGUCGUCAAAAAUGACGGAGGCGCGCAGUAAAGACGGGCUAGAAUUGGUAUCGCCACCAUUCUACACAUCACAAUACGGUUACAAAUUGCAGGCUUCAAUGUUUCUCAAUGGCAAUGGGCCCGGUGAAAAUACACAUGUUUCCGUGUACAUAAAAGUGCUGCCGGGCGAAUAUGAUGCAUUGCUGAAGUGGCCAUUCUCGCACUCGAUCACAUUCACACUCUUCGAACAGGGCGCGCAAACAGGACAGGGCGGUGUAGCCGAGUCAUUUGUGCCGGAUCCCACAUGGGAGAACUUCCAGCGGCCAUCGAAUGAACCAGAUCAAUUGGGUUUCGGAUUUCCACGUUUCAUUUCGCAUGAAAUGCUACACAGACGACCCUUCAUCAAGGAUGAUACGGUAUUUCUACGUGUUAAGGUGGACCCCAGUAAAAUUGUGUCGGUCUAAAGUCCCUGAAACUGGCAGGUGUGGCUUUGUUGCAAACACUAUCGCUUUUUUAUGUGUGUUUUUAAUUAAAAUUCAAAUGAAUACUGUGUAUUUAAUAUAGCAGGUAGUUAUGUAAGUGAGUGUAAAAGACAAGCAAUAAUGCCGUCUCGAGUGGUAAACGCAAAAUUAUUCCAAAACACAUGAAAACAAAUUGACAGUCACUGCAGCUUCGCGUGCGUAGACCAAGUAGCUACACUACGUGCAAGCAAAAGCAACAACAAUGACAAAAUGCAAAAGCUAA